AUGACUGCUGCAACAAGAGUAAGAAGAAACGCCAUCAAUGGCUGGUUGCUUGGUUUAUGCUGUCUCGUUUGUCUUGUCGUUGUGGUGCAAGGCAGUUCUCCACCAGCAGCAGCCACAGCCACAGCCAUAUCCAAGGAUGCAGCAGCAAUUCACAAAGGUUUAUAUACCAAAACCAAAAGACAGGACAAACAGCGAGGAAUUACUGAUGUCAUGAUGCAUGCAGGCGGCUCAAAGCAGCAGCAGCAACAGCAACAACAACAACCAUCACUGACAAGAAAUGCCCAUGGACUCAAUAAGAAGAUGCUCAGCAAAAUGGGCUUCAUGAAGGUAAAGGCCCCUAAUAGCCAUAACAGGAAACGUUUGGCUGUUGAGUCACGACGUCAUGCAUCUAGCGAUGAUUCACACAUGUUUAUCAUCAAAUUGCCGCCAAAUCUGCAUUACUAUACUGGUCCCCACAAUCCGGUCAAGAAUUCUCUGGAUCAUCAUCAACAGCAGAAGCAGCAACAACAACAACAAUUGUCGACUGGCGAAACGUCGCCAACAGCAACAACUGAGGCGUCGGCGUUGAAAACUAACGGGAAAAAGGUCUCAUUUCCCUUUAGCUCGAACGGACGGCCGGGACGCAUCUAUCACUGGAAUUUGCCCGUGCUCAAGCAGGCCCUGCACAAGCAGAAACAGAAGCAAUUGAAUGCCCAAACUAAUCUUGGCCAUGAUCAUCAUCCGCAGCUGCAGUUGCAGCCACAUUCGCAUCAUCUUGUCUCAACGGCUGAUCGCAAUCGUCUGCUGGAUAUUGAAAAGCAACAGCCCACCUGGCGCAAGCCAUGGGAGAAUGAGACCAUCGAGAAAUCCUUCAACGGCAAAUCCAAAUAUAAGAAGUCCUUGAAACCCAAAUCGCCAACAUACUACGCCCCCGCCCAGGCAGUGAGUAAGCAAAGUUUUCACAAAUAUUUUGCCGGCAAUGGCAAACCCAAGGGCUUCUAUGUGAUCAAGGAGCAUCAGACUAAGCCGCAAUUCUAUCAGAAUAUCAUAUCAUAAAUUGAUCAGUA